AGCAACAUAUCAAUUUUAUAAUGCAAGAAUGCUAAAAAGAGAGUGAACGGCUGAUGACUGGGCCGGUUCUCGCACUAACUCGGUGUGGCUUGCGUGCGUGAUGGCUCCUUAUGUGCUGACAGUAUCACUACCGGUAGAUAACUACUUGGGCAUAGCCAGCAGGCCGACCAUAGGGGGCGAAUGUAGCGAAACUCUUGUGGCCAGCGACCGAAGCCUUCGACCCCUGACUGGUGGAGACGGUCACCGCGGACUGGGACUUGAGGCUCCCAUUCAGCUAUGGAAUACUGCUGGUGUUCAGCGGUCGACUUACAAGCCGCUCCAUGGAUUUGCGGACCCGGUGUGGGACCGCUAUUCCGCCUCUCUCUUCGUCAUCUGUGGUUUCGCCGUGUGCCGGGUGGUGGGCGACGUUGUGUCGGUGGUGGCAGGUCGGACCGACCAGCGCGGCAGCGACGACGGCGCGGCCGAGGCGCGAUUCUCCUGCGCCUCCUGGCUGGUAUCGGCGGGCGCGGGUGUGUUGUACUGCAGCGACGGGAAACGGAUCCGGCAAAUCCAGCUGCCAGAGAGCGUUGCCACACCCGCCAGGCGGGGGCUGUCGUUGGCUGCGGACUCGGCGGCCGCGCCGGCGGCCGUGUCGGCGGCUGUGUCGGCGGCCGUGUCGCGGGCGGCGGCGGCGGGCGUGUGUCAGGAUGCAGAUGAAGGCAGGGCGACAGGCGGCGGUGGAGGAGGAGGAGGGACAGGAGGAGGCGCGGGGUCGACGGGGGCGGAGGGAGAGGGGGCGUGGGUGGCCACCCUGCCCCUGGAGACCCCCUCGCCAAUCUGCGGCCUCGUGUUCGUGCCGAGUGGCGGUGGCGGCAGCGGCAACAGCAACGCCAGCAGCAGCGGCGACGGCGGCGGAGGCGGCGGAGGCGGUGGAGGCGGAGGCAGGGGGCAGCAGCGCAGCUGGGGUCACGGCGGCAAGGGCGGUGGCGGCGGCAGCGGUCCCUGCAGCAGCGAAAGCAAUGGCAGCAGCGGCGGUUCCGAUGCUCAAAGCGGCGGCAGUCUCAUUUGGGCGACAAGCACGGCCCUUUAUGUGCUGCCGCUGGCGAGUGCGACUGCCGUUCCGCGGCCGGCGGCGUCAACGGCGCUGCGGCCGCGGGGUGAGCCGUCAGGCAGCCAGCCGGGGUCUCGAGACGCCUCGCCGCCGCCGGUGGGCUGCCGGGCGGCAGCGGCUCCUACCACUGCCGCCGCCGCCGCCGCCGCCAAUCCCGCGGCAGCCGCCGCCGCCGCCGGUGUUGUGGGACCCGUGGGUCGUGGCGGGGCGCCUGCGGCUCCCGUGACCGCUGCGGCGGUGGCAGUGGCUUCUGCGGCCUCCGUUGCGGCGGCGGCGCAUGCGGCGGCGGUAGCGGCGGGGCCCGUACUGCAGCCGCAGCCGCUGGCAGGGCGGGAGGGGCGGCCGGGGUGUGUGGAUGGGCGGGGGCUCAAGGCACGGUUUCGUGACAUCGGCGGUCUGACCAUGGAUGUCUCGGGUGCCAUCCUGCUGGUGGACCGGGAGGAUGAGCAGGGCACCGCCUCGUGCGUGCGGCGCGUGGCGCGCGACGGCACCGUCACCACCCUUGUGGCGGGUCUGGAGGGGCGGCUGGCGCGGCCCGCCAUCCUGCCCAACGGCUACCUGGCCCUGGGCUCCCACUACGGCGAUACGCUGCUCCUGCUGGAUAUGGGCCUCACGCCCGUGCCGCUGCACGGCGGGUUUGGCGGCGGGCUGGGCUGGGGAAGCGGCGGCGGCGGCUCGUGCGGCGGCGGUGGCGGCGGAAUGGGCAUGAUGGGGGCGAUGGGGAUGGGGAGGACGGGGAGUGAGGGCUGGCUGACGGCGGCGGCAGUGGAGCUGUCGCGGCCGCCGCGCACGCUCUUCGGUGACCUGGGCGCGCUGCUGGACGCGCAGCCCGAUGACACGUCGGACCUGGUCAUUCGCGUGGGCGAGCGGCGCUUCCAUUGCCACCGACUCAUCCUGUCCACACGCUGCGACUACUUCAAGCAGCGCCUGGCGGCGGGCGGCGGCUUUGCGGACGCGCGCGCGGCGGAGCUGGAGCUGCCGGACGCGGACGCCGACGCCUUCGCGCUGCUGCUGCGCUGGCUGUACACGGGCGGCGCGGCCAUUCCGCCCGCGCUGGCGCUGGCGGUGGCGGAGCUGGCGGACCGGCUGCUGCUGCCGGAGCUGUGUUUGGCGGCGCAGGGGCGGCUGAUGUCGGGGGUACAGCCCAGCACCAUUGCGACGGCACUGCUGUGGGCGGACGCGCGCGCGCCGGCGUCCGUGCGGCUGCGGGUGGAGCUCAAGGCAUGGUACGUGGCGCACUACACCGAGGUGCGGCGUGUGGCGCCCGAGGGCAUCAUGCGAAUCAUGAUGGCCAGCCCCGCCCUGGCUCUGGAGCUCAUGGACGCAACACACGAGGCGGCGCGGCAGCAGCACAAGUAGGGGAGGGUUACAUUCAUGAUUAUUAAGAAGUGAAGGGGGGGUGGACACAUGGAGGUAUGGAUGGAUGGUGGGAACGGCUUGGCCCGCAGCGCCACACAGUGAUGCGUGGCUGUGGCAGGGCCGGCGCCGGGGCCGGGGCGGGGGCCAUGUUUUCUUCGACGUCCAAGGCAUCCGAGCUUUGCAACAUUGUGGCAAAGUAGGGAUUAGGAUUUUUAUGGCUAGCACUGUGGACAGAGGGCUGGCGUACGGUACGCACAAGUACCUGCACAUGUUGAAAUUGGUGGCUGCCGAUUGGCAUGCUUGCAUGUGCGGGGGUGGCAGUGACUGUAACCGCCCGCCGCGAAAUAACGUUUAGCUGCUCGGGCAUUGGCGACGGCAUGCUGCGACUCGGGUUGUGAGGACGGUAGGCCUUCGUGGCUGGUUGGGUCGUAGCAUCGUACCGUCCCGGGAGUGCGCCACCCAGGGUCUUGCGGGCCACGUGGGGGUGUGGGAACCAUUAACAGAUAGGCUGAAGGGCCGCCCUUGGACGGCUGUCGCCAGGGCUCGUUGAGCUGUGUGCUGGGGCAGGUCAAUGACGGCGGCGUCGGCGGCGGUGUGGGCGCCAGUGAAAACGGUAUUGCAAGAUGGAGCACUUGCGCAUCGGUUUUGCACGUAUGCAUGUAUGUAUGGGUAUUGAUCAUGCUUGAGUUGUUGCCUUGCUGAUCGAUUGGUAGCUGCAGGGUGCUGGGAGCGUUGUUGGGUUGGAUGAGCGCGGACUGGCGGACUGGCACCAUUUCCGUUCCUGGGUGGCUCUUUGACGGCGUUGGUGGUACGGUAUGGAGGUGUCGAGGUGGUGUUGGCAAGGUGGGCCGUUCGGGCGCAAGGGCAAGGGCACCGUAUGGCUUACAAGCGGCCAUAAAACACCCAAGGUGUCAUCCUGAGGUGUCAUCCUGAGGCAGUGAGAUCCCUCCACGACGGUCCUCCUGGAAACUGUAUUGGAUUCUGGAAAUCAGCUGCACCCUGCGGGACUUUACCAACCUGCCUUG